AUGAAGGUUACCGUGAUAUCAGGCUCAUCCUCAGAGGUGGUUGAACUACCCUCAAAUGCCGGUCUCACUGACCUCAAAAAGGUGUACAAACCAAGAGUGGAUAUUCAUCGCAAGUCUUUCAAAAUCCUUCGUAGUGGUGGCGACAAGAAUGAUAAAUCGGCGUACAUAACCCUCGACGCAAAGCGGGCUCUCACGGAACAGGGUGUAAAGGAUGGAUCUGAAGUUGUUUACAAGGAUCUCGGCCCACAGGUGGGAUACCGUACCGUAUUCGUUGUGGAAUACGCCGGUCCUUUGGCAAUCAUGUUGGCGUAUGCGGCACGCCCCUCCUUCAUUUACGGCAGCAGCAUUGUUAAGGAGUACUGCUACACGCAGAAGCUUUACAUUGCUCUCUUCUGUGCCCACUUCAUUAAGCGGGAGCUGGAGACGUUCUUUGUGCACAAGUUCUCUCACCCCACUAUGCCGCGGCGCAACAUCAUCAAAAAUUGCGUGUAUUACUGGACCUUUGCACUUGGCAUUGGCUAUGCUCUAUGCAGCCCGUACUACACGGAACCCGCGUCCCCCACACUUGUGAAUGCCUCAGCGGUGGCGAUGGUAAUAUUCGAGCUCCUUAACUUUGCCGUGCAUGUGCAGUUGAGUGGGAUGCGAAAGGGAGAUGGUGACGCGACGCGGCCGGUACCCAAAGGAAUUCUCUUUUCACUGGUGUCUUGUCCCAAUUACUUAUUUGAGAUCCUUUCUUGGGUGGCCUUUUCUCUUGGUACGAGUAUGCUAACCUCCUGGGGUUUUACAUUUGCAGGACUCGUACAAAUGGCGGAGUGGGCUGUGAAGAAACACAAGAACUAUAUUAAAACAGAUCCAUCGGUGCGCAACAAGAAGGCCAUGUUACCAUUCCUUCUGUAG